AUGAAUAACGACGACGAAUUUAAUGUAGAGAAUAGCAGUACAGAAAUAAUUUCAUAUCGUCCAGUAUCGUCUUCGCCAACAACGUUAAUAGAAAAUACAAUUACUCGUGAUUUAUCCUAUAAACGAUUAAAACAAUUACCGUUUUCACAAUAUAUUUUACCAAGCAGCGGUAAUACGAGUAGUAGACUUCCUAGUGUCUUAAGUUCACCGCUCAUGUUCUCAAGAGAUACAUCAAUGGAUACAUUAUCGAGUUUUAAUGUUGAUUUUAAUUCUCAUAAUAGUACAUAUUUAUCCGAACAUAGUACAAUUCCAUCGGGUAUUGUUUCUCCCACUGAUAUUCCCGAUUCUCCUCCAUGUGGUAGACGAAGCCCUAUUGCAGAAGAAAAAUGCUCGAAUAAUCGUACAAAUUCAACAGACACUACAAACCAACUAGAUGGAACUGUUAUCGAAAGAACACUGAAUAAUAAUAACAAUUCGUCGUCGUCUUUCACUAGUCAAGAUGAGAUGAAAAUAUAUCAAUCGGAAUAUACCGAUAUGGAUUCUUUACAUUCUUCGAAUGAUAACAAACAACAACAAUGUCACGAUGUUUUUAACGGAAAUCUACAAGAUGACGAACUUUUAUCUUCAUGUGAUAUGUAUGCUAGAAAUGAUGACAGUGUACAUAUCUUCACUAGCUCCGCAUUUGAUGACACCUCAUCUAUUCAUUCAUCUUUGAGCUCAUUAACACUACCAUCAAUUCACGGAACAAAUAGAACCUGUUGUACAGUCGAAGAUGUUUUAAGACUUGCGCAAUUGCGAAAAAAUCAAACAUCACAUGAUCUGAGUGUUAUCAAUGAAGAAAGUCUCGAAGAUAAACAAAAUAGUAGUAAUAGUAAUCGUGAACCAACAAGUGAUGAAAGUGAUGUGGAUGAUGAAAAAGGAAAACAGAUACUGUUUGAUUUAAUACAUAAACGUCUAUUACAUCCACCAGUUAUUCUUGAAGUAUCGCAACAAAUUAAUUUAUCAACAUCAUCUUCAUCAACCAUUACAAACGAUCGAAUAAAAGCAUCAUCUUCGUCAAAUGAUCCAACAGUGCGAGAAGAGUUAAACGAAUCUGCCAUUCAAUUUACUUCAUCACACGACAUCACUAUUCCAUCGUCAAUGUUAUUAAAUGACUAUAAUACUCUUCAUUCUGGUGUACCACCUAAACGUUCAUUAUCAAAUGCAUCAAUUUCAACAACAAGAUCAACGCCUCACCUAACAAAAAAAAGUCGAUUGAAUGAAGAAGAACAUGAAAAUGAUGAUCCAAUGGUUGAUGACGGCGAUUAUGAUGAAGAAAAAGGUGCUGAACUUAUUUCAGCCUUUAUACGUAAAACUUUAUCGAAGAAACCAUCAAAAGAUUUAAUCGCCACAAUACUACCAUCUUAUAAUCAAUAUGACGAAGAAAAUUUGAUUAAUAAGGCGAAUUGCGAAAGAGAUCUUCAUUCAUCUUCUCAAACUAGUUAUAGUGGCAGUAUUCACACUUCAUUAGCUCAGUUGGAUUCUGUAUUACCGUUAAAAACGUACAAAUAUCAACAUGUUGAAACAACAUCAGAUAUUCAAAUACAAAUGAAUAAAAAUCAACAAAACGUUAAAAUAAGAAUGAAUAAUCAACAACAACAGGAUCUAAAAGACGGUAGACGUCAACAUGUUUAUCAAACCAAAACUUCUGAAUUAAGACGUUUACAAGCCAGACAUCAAAGACGUUUGUGA